GAUGUCGUCGUGGCUUGUGCAGCCCUUUGAGACACUUGUGAUUUAGGGCUAUAUAAGUAAACAUUUAUUGAUCAAUCAAUCAGAGUUUAUACUUAUGAAGCCUUUUAUCACAUCCCCUCAUCUGAAACCCACAUCUGGGCAAGGAAAAACUCCAAAAGCCCAAAAUGGGAGGGACGAUUUAUUCAUCUAUCCAUGUGAGAUAUACCCAGGAUGUAACUCUCCAUCUUUCUGUUGUCUGUCCGUCUCUUCUUCAGAGGAAAGUUGAAUGCAGCGCUGUGUUGCCGUCAGAUGUGGUCCAUCACGCACUCCAUUGGAGGAGGUCAUCGUUUGAAGCACUAGAAGGAAUGGAGUCGAUGCCCGGACGAGAAUCCCGCAGCUCCUCCCCGAGUCCCAAGCAGGACGCGCACCCCAACCCGCUGAAACCCAACCAGGUGAGCGAGACGUCCCUGUACGGAGUGCCCAUAGUCUCCCUGGUGAUCGACGGCAGGGAGCGGCUGUGCCUGGCCCAGAUCUCCAACACCCUGCUGAAGAACUACAGCUACAACGAGAUCCACAACCGGCGGGUGGCGCUGGGCAUCACCUGCGUGCAGUGCACCCCCGUCCAGCUGGAGCUGCUGCGGCGCGCCGGCGCCAUGCCCAUCUCGUCCCGGCGCUGCGGGAUGAUCACCAAGCGGGAGGCCGAGCGCCUGUGCAAGUCCUUCCUGGGCGCGCACAGCCCGCCCAAGCUCCCGGAGAACUUCGCCUUCGACGUCUCCCACGAGUGUGCGUGGGGCUGCCGUGGCAGCUUCAUCCCGGCGCGCUACAACUCCUCCCGCGCAAAGUGCAUCAAGUGCGGCUUCUGCAGCCUCUACUUCUCCCCCAACAAGUUCAUCUUCCACUCGCACCGCACGCCGGAGUCCAAGUACAUGCAGCCGGACGCCGCCAACUUCAACUCGUGGAGGCGCCACCUGAAACUGACGGAGAAGAAACCAUCGGAGGACAUCAACCACGCGUGGGAGGACGUCAAAGCCAUGUUUAACGGCGGCAGCAGGAAGAGGACACUUCCGGUGCAGGGGGGGUCCGUCAAGCCCCAGGCUUCGUCCGCCCUGGGCCGCGCCGCGUCGCCGCCGGACGCGGCGCACAAACGCCUGCGCUGCGGCGGCGACGACCCGGGAGCGACGGCGACGACGCACCCGAGUGCCGCGCGCAGCUACCCGCUCAUUCCCGUGCCGAGUAAAAACUUUAGCAUGCUGCAAAAAAUCCCCCCGCCUUUGUUCCCGCACCCGCCCUACGGCUUCGCGGGCUACGGCUUGUGUCCCAAAAAGAGCGACUGCGUGCCGGACGCCAGCAAAGCCAGCGUGCCUGGCGUGUUUUGGCCCGCCGGCAAGGACGCUAUCUACCCGGCCUUCCCCGUCUUCUGGCCCGCGGCGGGCGGCCUUCCGAUGCCGCCUUACCCCAAACCCCUGGAGGUCCCAGGCCCGGAUUUGUCACUGCCAGACCCCAGCGAGCGGGGGUCAAACAACACCAACAAAGACGCGGCGUCCAGCAACAGGAACGACGAGGACAAGUCCGUCGACGACACCCCGCACCGGAAGAUCGGUUACAUCUCCGCCUUCCGGCCGGUCGUCAAGGACGCGGAGACCAUCGCCAAGCUCUACGGGAGCCGGGACGGCUACGGUUACCUGUCCCCGGACUUCAUCAGCGAGACCUCCAGCUACAGGUCCGUGUCCCCGGACAGGGACACGGUGGAAGAGGACGACGACGACGAUGACGACCCGGACGUGGACGUGGAGUCCAAUCGGGGAGAAGAGGACGAGGAGCAGAUCCGUGGAACACCCGAGGAGCAGCUGGCGCCUUGCAGCCCCGCAGCAUCAGCAUCACCGCGGGACUCGCACAGCGCAUCGUCCGAGGAGGGGGAUGGAUCUCCUCUUCAUCAGGUGUUUGUGCAUGAAAAGGUGAUAGAGACGUUUGAGUCAUCGAGCUGCAGUCCCUGCAGAUCAGAAGGUGUGCAGCACCUGCCUGAACCUCAACGCAACAUCACAUAUCAGCAGCAAAAGGACAAACCAGCCAACGGAGCUUUACGCAUCGACAUAAGCGUGCAUGAACGAGAUCUGGAGAGGAUGGCAAAAGAGGAGUUGCAGAAGCAACUUGUGGAGCAGAUGGAGCUGCGGAAAAAGCUGGAGCGAGAGUUUCAACAUUUAAAAGAUAAUUUUCAGGAUCAAAUGAAGCGUGAGCUGUCCUACAGAGAAGAAAUGGUCCAGCAGCUGCAGUUUGUUAGAGAAGCUCACGACGCCCUUCACCAUUUCUCCUGCAAGAUGUUGACCCCUCGCCAGUGUAGUGGAGCCUGCACCACCUUUAAACCCCCGCUGCUGCCUCCUUAAAGUGCAACACACACACACACACACACACACACACGCACACGCACACACUUUCACCAGGAGUGUCCAAACUUUUUGUUGGCCGCAUAUUGAAAAAAUGACAGGAUAAUCCAUUUUGUACAUUAAUGAUGCUGAAACCAAUCUACUGUAGGCCAAUAUUUGUAAAACUAUCUGAACUUACUUUGUCUUUUAGGUGGCACUUCAUACAUCUCAUUAAUAAUGAAGUCAUUCGAGGUUUCAGAAUGUGGGCCAAUAAAAGAAAAUGGACCCUGUUCUGAGUAGCUUUGAUGGCGCCCAAACAGCAACACGUGCAGCUCGCCACAAUAUGAAUCAUUUUCCCCCCUCGAUCUUUGGGCGCCCUAUAACAACACAUUGGUGCAUUAUGUAAUAAUGUCAUGCAUUUUCACCUCAUUGUGUACAUAAUAACGCUGCAUUUGGAAUUAAUCUAGCGCAUUUUGUAAUCAAAUGAUUGAAUAACUUAAGUAUUGCAAAAGUUAUUACAAAAUGUGGGUGCUGCUCUUUUUUAAUGUGAUAAACCAUUGAAAUUGAUGCCUUAAUCAGAAAAAAAACUAUCGCUACACCACAAAACAUUUACUCUUUAUUCAAAUUCAUCUUAAGAAUCCAGUAGGAAAUACAUCCAUCCAAUGUAACUUUAUUGAUUAUGAAGGAUAAUGGAUUAUAAAUGACAUUAAUGAUCUAUUACUGACAUGAAAAUGUUGGAAGACAUACGCUCAUGUUAUGAUAACACCAUAUUAUACAUGAUACUAAGAAUAAAAAAUACAAUUAUGAAACAGAAAAAAAUACAUUUAUUCUACCAAUGACCAAUUGCAUGUUUUUUUUCUUCUUUUUUUUUUAAUGAUGAACAUAUAAAUAUUGAUGCGCUGUGUUGCUGUGAAAGAUUUUCUGAAUAAGGCAUUCAUUCCCAUGGUUUUAUAAAUAAAGCACACAAUUGUUAUAAAAAAAAGUGCAGCUCCCGCAUUUUGUAAUAUUUUUUCUCAAGGUUUUCUGUACCAAGUUAUUACAAAAUCACCCAAUUACAUAACGUGGUGACAUUUUUUUUUUUUUUUUUUACAUUAUUACUCACGCAGCCAAAGGAUUUUCUGUUUAAUCCGAUUAAUCACAGUUUUGAAUUUGGAUUAAUCAUGAUUAAUCACAUAUUUUCUUUACUGGCAUCAUUUUAAAUGAACUUCAAAAAGACCCCGAUAUUUGGACACAAAGAACAUUUUAUUGUCAAUGUCAUACACAAAACAUUUUUAAUAAUUUUCAUAUUUAUUUGCUCAUAACAGUGUUUAUCUAAAGUCCCGUCUAGGUUUAUUUUGAAGCGAAAUUUGCCAGAAGGAACACCAGUCGGUCUCCUCACUACUCCAUUUUUGCACGGACGUAUGCGUCCACCUGAUCACUGACCGCAUCACAACACACUUUUCAGGUAACCAUCCGCGGUUAAGAUAAACGAGCAUGUGCGGUUACGAUAAAUUACGUGAUAAUCUGCAAAUAUACACGAUUAACGCGAUAUUUUUUGGUUAAUAAUCGCCUGAGUUAACUCUUUAUUUUCUAUUACAUAAUGCACCAUUAUUACAUCAUGCGUUGGCCCUUCUAGAAACUGCCCAUGUGCCCCAUGGCCAUAAGUUGGACACCCCUGGUGUAGAAGGUGAUCGUAAUACUUGAGUACACUCACAAACAAAUGUUUUUAUUACUUUAAGUUAUGAAUCAGAUGUCAUGAGAAAAGCUCUUACCAAGAAGUCACCUGCUAUUUAACUAUUCUGAAAAGAAAAAGGGGUUAAAAAAAAAAAAAUCCCUAUAUACAAUAUAUUCAUGUGACAAUGUGCAAUGGCAUGUAUGUUUAUUAUUAUUAUUAUUAUUAUCAUAAGUUGUCAUUAUUUAGCUUUUGUUAUUUUCUUAAUUUAUCUUUCAGAUGAUUUGUACCACCGUUCUGUGUUGUAAAGCACUUUAAAAAAAAGAAGAAGGGAAAAAAAAGGGCAACAUUUCUGCUUUCGUCGUCCUAAUAAAUACCAAAUGUUUGUGGAAAAGAAGGCUGUUCAUGUUUUAAAAGCACUUACUUCAGCCGUCAUGUAUGUUUGAGGUCAUGCAAUAAAAGAUUUUCUCUCACAUUUGGUCCACUUAUCUUUACAUGUGAGGUAACCUUAUAAAAACCUAUAUAUUCAAAUAUGUCAAGGUCUUUGUUGAGGUGGUGAAUGGAC